CAAGGAUACUGAACACAGAAGAACCGAUUCUAAGGCUAGAAUAUCAUCAGCCAACAACAAGCAAAAAAAGAAAAGCAGCCCCAAAAAAGAAGAAAGCAGAAUCUGAAGAAUCAGACGAUGAAUGUGAAGAAGUGGAGACAAGCAACAGGCCGCCUUCUGUAAAUCUAAGAACAAGAGUAGGACCAGCCCCUUUCAUAAAGUUGAUUAAACAAUUAGAUGAAAGAAAAAAAAGCAGCAGUUGAAAGGAUUGGAUUUGGGGGAUUACUGCAUUUAAACUUUGACAGAUUCUGUGGAGAUUUGGUUGCGUUUUUGUUGAAGAACUUUAGACCAAUUUCAGGACAGCUACAACUUGCCAAUGGUGAGCUGCUAGAUAUUGAAGAUGAAGAUGUCAAAGCUGUAUUUGGUCUGCCAAAGGGAAAGAUAGAAGUUCAAGAAGCGAAUGCGAAGAAUGAAACUGAAGAGUAUACCCAACUGCUACAAGAAUGGAGAGAAGAAUGGGGGAUUGAUAAAGGAAGCCCUCAAACAUAAAAAAUGAUUGAAAAAAUAGUUGCAGAUACUGACUCUGGAGACAGAUUCAUCAGAAACUUUGUGGUCUUUACAGUCUCUUGCCUGAUCAGAGGAAACCAGAGUGUUAACAACAAUUUUAAAAUAUUGAUGUCUUUGGUUAAUGUAGCUGAUAUACCAAACAUGAAUUGGUGCAACUACACAAUAAUAUCGUUGAUGGAUGCAGGCGAGGAAUGGCAAACUAAUCAAUCAAAGAUGUUCAGUGGACCAUUACUGUUUCUAAUGAUAUGUUACUUUGACCGAGUACAAUUCAAAGGCCAAAUUAUGCAGAGUGCUUAUCCAACCAUUAGAAUCUGGGACAAGGAGAGAAUUGACAAAAGAGUCAAAGAUGAGAGAAAGGUGGGCUUUGGUCUGGGAAAGGUGACAAAGCGAAUAAUAACAGUCGAAGAGGAAGACAAAGAUGAAGAGGAAGCAGGAAAAGAAGAUGAAGAAAAUGAAGAUGCUGAAAUGUUGUCAAAGGAGGAUUGUGUGAAGGAGAUUAUAGCUGUGGCACAAAAGUUUAGUGAUGCUUUUGUGGAAUUCUCAAAGUUGCCGUCAACCAUUGCAACAAAGUUCCCAAAUUCUGAUAUCUUGAAGAAGAUAUACUUGACCACAGCUGAUUACUUCAUCAAUCAAGCAAAUGGAAAUCAAGCAAAAGGAACUCAACGAUUAUCAGAG